UCACACUGGCGCGAGUCCCGCCCCGACAAACCCUCACUCGCCAGGGUUUUGAAGGUUCGAGACGCUUAUUUCACUUUCUUUUUCAUUUCACUCCUCCCUCUCGCCGUAUAAGGCGAACAGCAAACACCUCUCUCUCUCUCUCUCUGAAUAACAAGCAGAUCUAGGGUUUCUCCAAAACCCCGCAACUCUCCCUAUUCAAGCAGCUUCAGCUAUCUCACUCUCUCGCCCACAAUCUCAACCGUUGAAAUGGCGAUUGGGGCCCAUACUCCUGACAUCCUUGGAGAUCGGCAGUCCGGCCAAGACGUCCGCACACAAAACGUCGUGGCCUGUCAGGCGGUCGCGAACAUCGUGAAGUCGUCAUUGGGACCCGUCGGUCUUGAUAAGAUGCUAGUCGAUGAUAUUGGUGAUGUGACAAUCACUAAUGAUGGGGCGACGAUUCUGAAGAUGUUAGAAGUGGAGCAUCCGGCUGCAAAGGUACUUGUAGACUUGGCGGAACUUCAAGAUCGAGAAGUGGGAGAUGGAACAACGUCAGUGGUGAUUGUAGCUGCAGAGUUGCUAAAGAGAGCAAAUGAUUUAGUGAGAAAUAAGAUUCACCCUACAUCAAUAAUCAGUGGGUACAGGCUUGCUAUGAGGGAAGCCUGCAAGUAUGUUGAUGAAAAACUAGCUGUGAAGGUUGAAAAGCUCGGAAAAGAUUCCCUUGUAAACUGUGCCAAGACGAGCAUGUCUUCGAAACUGAUCGGCGGUGACAGCGACUUCUUUGCAAAUUUGGUGGUAGAUGCCGUGCAAGCGGUAAAGACCACAAAUGCAAGGGGGGAGGUCAAAUACCCAAUCAAGGGCAUUAACAUCCUGAAAGCUCAUGGAAAAAGUGCAAGAGAGAGCUACUUGAUGAAUGGUUAUGCCCUAAAUACAGGUCGUGCUGCACAGGGGAUGCCCACUAGAGUCGCCCCUGCAAGGAUUGCUUGCCUCGAUUUUAAUCUUCAGAAGACAAAGAUGCAAAUGGGUGUUCAAGUCUUGGUCUCUGAUCCUAGGGAACUUGAAAAAAUUCGUCAAAGAGAAGCUGACAUUACGAAGGAGCGAAUUGAAAAGCUUCUCAAGGCAGGAGCAAAUGUUGUACUAACAACCAAGGCGAUUGACGACAUGGCACUUAAGUACUUUGUGGAGGCUGGAGCAAUUGCUGUGAGGCGUGUCCGGAAGGAGGAUUUGCGCCAUGUUGCCAAGGCAACUGGUGCCACUGCGGUUUCCACAUUUGCUGACAUGGAAGGAGAGGAAACAUUUGAUUCAUCACAGCUGGGAUAUGCGGACGAAGUUGUGGAGGAGCGUAUUGCUGAUGACGAUGUGAUUAUGGUGAAAGGGACCAAAAAUACCAGUGCAGUUUCAUUAAUACUUAGAGGUGCAAAUGACUACAUGCUUGAUGAGAUGGAGAGAUCUGUGCAUGAUUCUGUGUGCAUUGUCAAGAGAACCCUUGAGUCCAAUGUGGUAGUUGCCGGUGGUGGUGCUGUUGAGGCUGCAUUAUCUGUGUUCUUGGAAUAUCUUGCAACGACUUUGGGAUCUCGAGAACAGUUGGCAAUUGCUGAAUUUGCUGAGAGUCUUCUUAUUAUACCAAAGGUUCUUGCUGUAAACGCUGCAAAGGAUGCUACUGAGUUGGUCGCAAAGCUUCGGGCAUAUCACCACACUGCACAAACAAAGGCAGAUAAGCAGCACCUUUCAAGCAUGCUGAAUUCUCAUAUAGUGCCAUCUUUUCUUUUACCAUACUGCAGCAUGGGACUGGACCUCUUGAAGGGAACCGUCCGGAACAAUCUAGAAGCUGGAGUCAUCGAGCCUGCUAUGAGCAAAGUGAAGAUAAUACAGGGUUAUGGGGCUGGGACUUUCUGGCUGCCGGAUGGAGACCAGCCAUCUGUUGGACUCUACUGCAGAUGGCUCAUGCUACAAAAACCAUACUGAGAGGGUGGUCGUAGCCAUCAUAUUGGUGGCCUUCAAAGUAUGUUAAAAUAUUUAAAUGGGCCAUUGGAUUGGAAUGUAGAUUCAUCAAACAUCAAAUGGCUAGAAUUGUUUUAUGAAUGUGAUUUAGAUUGGGGGCUAUUUAUGGUAGGGCCACUAGAUUUAUACCAUAUCUAGAGACUGUACAGCCGUUUUCAUGGUGUGAUGUGAUAAAAUAAGCUCCAUUUUCAAAGGAAAAUAUUAAGAUGCCCAGCAAGGAAAACCCCAACAAUGCCCGGCCCUGAUCUCCACUGUACGUCUAUGUUGAUGAUCCAUGAUGGUAGGGACUGUAAACCAGGUCUUCCUGUUGAUAAGAACUUGUUUGGUUGGUUU